UCAAACAGAUCCAUUCCGUUCUUGGGGAACAUCAUCGAGAUUAGACGUGGGCUCUCAACUUUAUUCCAGUGGCGGACGGGGGUCCUUUGCAUCUGUAUUGAGGUGCCGAUAGCCGCAUUCACGCCCGAAGACGUGGAGACUCGCAGCAGGAAGAUCUUGUUCAAGCCUGUAAGAGAUUGGAGCAACAUCCGCUGCUUUAUAAUAGCAGGUGUGGCCGGGGCUCAGCAAACACAGGGCCAGUCGAGGCGUUUCACAACCAUGGAUGUUGAUGAGGAGGAGAACAUGAGUUCAUGCAGCACCGACGUAAAGGAAAACCGCAACCUGGACAACGUCUCUUCUAAGGAGGGAGCUGGCCUGGUGGAGCAGCUCCCCAACGGUAGUGGAGGAGGGGGUCGCAAGCGGCCCCUGGAGGAGGGCAACAAUGGCCACGCGCACUCCAAAUUCAGACCCAAGAAACGUAAGAAAAUGCCAGGGCCGGUUCUGCCCAAGAACGCCCUGAUGCAGCUGAACGAAAUCAAACCGGGUCUGCAGUACAAGAUGCUCUCGCAGACCGGCCCGGUCCAUGCACCGGUCUUCGUCAUGACUGUUGAGGUUAACGGUCAGUUGUUCGAGGGCUCGGGGCCUACGAAGAAAAAGGCCAAGUUGAACGCCGCCGAGAAGGCGCUGCGCUCCUUUGUGCAGUUCCCAAACGCGUCCGAGGCGCACCUGGCCAUGGGCCGUACGCUCACCGUCAACACGGAUUUCACCUCCGACCAGGCUGACUUCCCUGACAUGCUCUUCAACGGGUUUGAGACGCCGGCACCGAACGAGGAAACGUUUUUUCUGGGAUCCAACGGCAACGGCUCCUUAAAACCGCUGGGAGAGUAUCCCGUGCCCCAGGUGCCAGGUACGAACAGCCUCAUGCAGGCGCCGCUGCCGCCGCCCUCCUCCUCGACCAGCGGCAAAAACCCUGUCAUGAUUCUCAACGAGCUGCGGCCGGGCCUCAAAUACGAGUUUGUGUCGGAGAGCGGGGAGAGCCACGCUAAGAACUUUGUGAUGUCGGUGACUGUGGACUCGCAGACAUUUGAGGGCUCGGGCCGAAAUAAGAAACUCGCUAAAGCCCGGGCUGCCCAAGCGGCUCUGUCGGCGCUCUUCAACAUGCAACAUAAUUCAGCAGCAAAAGUCCUUGCAGAUGCCGUUUCUCGUCUGGUAGUGGACAAAUUCAGCGAGCUCACUGACAACUUCACGUCUCCACAUGCACGACGGAAAGUUCUGGCUGGCGUCGUCAUAACAACAG